AUGACGACGUCGACGGCCUGCUCCAUCGCCGUGCUCAUGGCCACCGUCAUCCUGGUGGCGGCCGCGACCCUCUCCGCCGCUGCCGGCCGGUGCAACGUCCGGAAGGAUCUCGUCAUAUGGCAGAGCCUCGGCGAGCCUCAGAGGGACCUCUCGGCGAGGUACAGGGUGGAGGUGGUGAACCAGUGCAGCGGUGGCGACGAGCGCACCGGCAGGCCCUGCUCCAUGUCGAAGAUCCACCUGCGGUGCGGCAACUUCCGCUCCCUCGUCCCGGUCGACCCCAAGCUGCUCCGGUGCAUCGGCUCCGGCGUCUGCCUCCUCAACAACGGCCAUUCCAUCCCGCAGAACGGCAACGUCUCCUUCGUCUACGCCAACUACCGGCGCAACAACCUCUACGUCCGAUCGGCCAGAUGCAAUUGA